CAUCGUAGCAAAAUGGCGACCGGGUAAGAACAAAUAUUCGACUACACUGAGAUUCGACGUUCCACACUGACUCGACAAAAGAUUUCACGGGAUUUUAAAAGAGCUCGUGGACUGAUAAGAUGCUAGAAGAUGUUGUGGUCAAAUUUCUGCUGCGAAUAAUGCAGUUUUUGGUGUAAAUUCGUCGCAUUUCAAGAGUUGUACUGGAGUUCAGAGCGAGUUCUCCAUAAGGAUACCGUGUGUGAAAAAGUUUGCGAAUCACAGCGGACGAGUUUCCUACGAUUCAUAUUACCCUGAAUUAGAAGAAUAGCUAUCUAUUUUGGCCCGAGGAUGGCUACUCUUGGCCGUGAUGAACGAUUGGGAAGAACCAUGUCUGUUAUCCAAAAUAAAGGUCUCCUGAACAACCCGGGGGAAAACAAUUGCUUCUUAAAUUCUGCAGUUCAGGUGUUUUGGCACCUUGACGUUUUCCGGCGUAGUUUCCGCGAGAUCAAGGGGCACUAUUGCAUGGGCAAGUCUUGCAUAUUCUGUGCUCUUCAGUACUUAUUUAAAGAGUUCCAGUACAGCAGUAACGAUGCCUUGCCCCCAGACGCCUUGAGGUUUGCUCUUGCUGGAACUUUCAGGGAUCAAAGGAAGUUCCAGCUUGGAGACAUGGAUGAUGCUGCCGAAUGCUUUGAAAAUAUUUUGUCCCGGAUGCAUUUUCACCUGGCCAUGAAUGAACAUGAUGAUGGCUGUAAUGCCAAACACUGCAUUUCCCAUCAGAAGUUUGCCAUGCAGAUGAUUGAACAGACCAUCUGUCCAUGUGGCGAGAGAUCAGAGCCAUUCCCAUUCUUUGAGCUUGUUCGAUAUGUUUCCGCAUCUGCUCUAUGUUCUCAAGCAAAGGCUUUGGAGAAGCGAGGAGAGAAAUACGACCCUUCGAGGCAUUUUGGCAACUUACUGCGUAGGACUGGGGAAGACACCAGGGAAUGUCCCAGCCCUGAAUGCGAUGAGAGAAUACAAGUGCAGAGAUUGCUCUUUAACUGCCCCGAUAUUGUGAGUAUUGGACUUAUCUGGGACUCGGAAUCACCGGACGUGGAACACAUCAGCGACGUAUUGAACGUGAUCGGAACGACCCUGAGACUGCAAUACCUGUUCAAUCAAGUGUGUGAUGACCGGGCCGCGCACGCCACGCUACGCCUUGUGGGUAUCGUCACGUACUACGGCAAGCAUUACUCGACCUUCUUCUUCCACAGCAAGCUCAAGACAUGGAUCUACUUCGACGAUGCGCGAGUCAAAGAGAUCGGUCCUGAUUGGUCCGUGAUCCGUGACAAGUGUCGAAGCUGCCACUACCAACCACUCCUCCUCCUCUACGCCAAUCCAGACGGCACGCCUGUCAACAUUGACUCCGCCCCUACGGAGAAAAUCAACGUUAACGGCGCCACCUUGCGCACCCCCACCUCCAAGCGACUCAGCUUUGAGGGGCGUCACGAUGUGGAGCGGUCAAGGCAUCGCAAGUCCUCUCAGUCACCUUCCGGGGUAUUCGACAUUAGCACGAUUGAAGACACGGACACGCUUCGAUCACACAGCAGCACUCUAACGAACAGUCGUUCACGCGGCGGCUCAGACGACACCCUCAAGGCGCAUGAUAGUCCGAUAACGCGCGCUGAGCGUUACGAGUAUUUCACGGAAGAGGAUAACACGCUGAAAGCUCACGGUCACGCGGAGAGUGAUCACGCGAGAAGUGAGCACGCAAGGAAUGGUCACACCAGAAACGAGAACGCAAAAGACUGUCACGCAAGAAGUGAACACACGAAAAAUGAUCACGCGAAAAAUGAACACGCAGAAACUGAUCACGCGAGAAGUGAACACGCGAGAAAUAAACACGCUAACGGAAGCAAUAGCGAACCGGAAAACACGCUAAAACCACAGGACAGCGGUAAAAAGAGACAAGCCUUAAAGCUAAGCAGUCGGUUUCGUGUGAGCACAAGGCGGAGUAAAUCGGUGGAUGCACUAGACGAGGGUUCUUCUAAAAAUGCGUUGCAUCGGACAUCGAGUAGCGGAAGUGACGUCACAGACAAACAUAAACGCCGGAAGUUGGGAAGUACGGGGUCGGCUAAGGAGAAGCCAAAAAAGACUGGACUUCGUAGAAUCGGGAGCGCGAUCUUCAACGCGAUGAGGCCGACUGUGGCAAUCGGUGUGAAGGCGCCGCUGAAGGCUAAAGGGUCGAUUAAGGAUCGGAGACCUUCCGAUUGUUCUACGGAAAUGAAUGGAAACUUGGAAUUGAUAGACACAAGACCGGAGCAGCGGCUGACCAGCAAGGAGGAGAUCCUCAGGUUGUACGACUCCAAAUCUGAUGACUAUCUACGCUCCCCGAGCCACGACAGCGGCAUAGGGUCCGCCGCCGGCUCCGUCAGCUUUACCGAUACAAACCAUGGUGGCAGCGACGAGGAUCUGAUCGAUUACAGUCUGACCUUACAAGCCAUGAGACACCCCGUGAUGAACGGUCGCCCUACAAAUCGGAACGCUCAAAGCCGUUACCGAGAGGAGUGCGAAGUCUUGUUCGCUGAGGCCGAGAGCCUCAUGAUGGAGUCUCGUAAUGCCGAGAACGCCUCUAAGUACCAAGACGCUACUAACCACUGCUCCGAUGCUUCAGUUCUGUUUAGUAAGGCGGCCGACCUUCCCGGCAUCUCCACGAACAACAUCAUGUACGCGAACAAGAAGAGAGAUGUUUGCCACGAAAGGAUCCAGCAACUAAGACGAAAACUCGAGGAACACUCCUCCGAGUUCGCACGACUAGAAGAAGAAGAGUUUCUUCGACAGCAAAGAAUCCGAGACGACAUGAUCUUGCGCCAACAGCAGCAAAAUCUACAACACCACCGUGUCUUACCGCGGAAUAUCCCUUCGCAAAAGGACGCGUACUCCGUCACGUCUGAAAACCUUAAUCACAGCCCUGGCCGACAUCAUGGCGAAUACUACAAUGCAAACGGUACAAUGACGCCUACGCUCCCUCAAAAGCCAACGAGGUCGUCAAGUAAUCAUUUUGUGUCUAGGGUACGCGAAUCAAAUACCCGAGAUGGAUCAUGCUCUCAGAAGAUCAAGCCAGACUCGCUUUGCUACAGUCCUUCACAUUACGAGCACGAUGAAGUCUCCGCGAAAAUGCAAGGCCUGAGUAUAAGGCAACAGCCGGUAGCGAAUAGAGAUAGGGGUGUUGCAAGCGACUCGCGCCUAGAUGCCAGCGAGUUGCGUCGUGUUGCGCCCGAGUUGUACAAUAUGGCACGCGAUGCACAACGAUCGAACGAUUUACAACGCUCGCCGGAAGGGCACAGGUAUUCUCAGAGAUCUCCGAUACGAGAAACAGAAGCGCAACGAUCCCCGGUGUCACAGCGAUCCCCAGUAUCACAAAAUUCCCCGGUACCCCAGCGGUCUCCAACAUCUAAACACUCUCCUCUGUCGCAGCGUCAUUCGUACGGCUCCCAGUACUCAAAUCAAGAUGUCAGCCCAUCUGAUAGCAGACACUCCGCUGAUGCUUCAAGAGACAAGGAGGAGUUUACAAGACCACGCCCUCCAGAGAGAAAAGUCUCAUCUGCAUCAAUUACUCUUAAAUACCGUCAGUCGAACGACACCAGCAAAUACAAUGAAGAGCCAAGAAGGCAGUCUAGAGUCAUGUAUGCAGGAACAGCUAACGGGACAGCCUCAAGACAGGAUCAUGGGGCUCGACCACGCCCCUAUGAGAUGGACACGUCUUCAUCCUCCUCAUCUUCAGGGCGCCUAUCCAGCAGUGUCACAUCUGAGCACCGCCCUCCAGCCUACCGCCCCUCCCCACCUUCCUAUCUAGCAGUACAGAAGUCCCGAGAGGGGCUACGGAGUCUGUCAGCCGGCCCCAAUCAAACGUCCUGGUACUCGGACACCUCCUCUACCAGGUCGGAUGGUCACCCGCGUAGCGAGCCUGACCCUAAGGACUUGCAUGCCAUGUCGGCAAGAAUCAUUGCUGAUAAGCCAGUGUGUGUUCGAUGCCAGAGAGUGCAAGUGGAGAGACACCAGAAAAUGUGUGCUGGAUGUGAAGGAGAGCUACGCAGGAGGCACUCACAUGAUCGCAGUGCCAUCUACUACUAGACCGCCAAAAACAGGGUCUCCAAGGGUUGCACUGCCAUUAUUUCUAGGCCAGCUCUAUGACACAUCACAAUACAGGGACCUUAAAGGGUCCCAGGUUUUGGGAACCACCUUAUUUUACCUGGCAUAUAAAAGACAGGAGACGUGUAAAGUGGAAUCGCCUUUUUUCACAAUCAGCAACACCUUCUUUACAAGUAAACAUCCCUAGUGCAAACAGACAAUGUCAAAUGACAAUUCUUCAACCAAAAAGUACUUAGGGGUAAAUAAAUAACUUCAGAAUUAUGAUGGCUUUACCUUGAUAAUUGUAUGAAUUGUUCCUUUUUUGCGAUUGUCAGAUAUAUUUUGAGAUCCAUGGUUUCUUUUUGGUUGUAGAACUGCCGUUUUAGUAGUUUUAUGUGGACAGGGGACUUGUAAAAGUGGAACCCUCUCAUCUUCCUUCAAAAACGUCCUGGGUGCGGUCCAAGACCUGCUAAAACUCAGGGAAAUACUUAUCAAAGUAUUUAACCAUUGCAAAGUCUAAAUGACACAUCCUGCUCUCUUUUUAUUUCACUCCUGGGGGAUCAUUAUUAUCAGCAAGAGUUUUCUAGUGAUACUUUUGGUAGCUGUGUGCAUUUUUCAAGUCUAACAAGCAAGUUUAACUUGUAUUCAUUCCUCACAUUUCCUUGUAAAUACAAUUUAAAUUUUCAAAAACUCAUGACCCCUUAUCCCCCCUCUGUAUUUUCCUGUACAAAUUUGUGUAUAUAAACAUUUUAGAGGGGUCAUUAUAUUCUGUAUUCCGCAGAAAAAUGUGAGAGUAAGUGAGAAAACCUUUUAUUUAAGGCAUGGCAACAAUAUUGUUAUUAACAAACACAUAGUGUAUCUCAAAUGACUACUUCUAAAGCCAGUCAUAUUAUUGACAAAGAAUUGUAAUUUAUGCAUCUGUCCAGGUGUGUAGUUUCCUGUAAGUCGUUCUAAGCAAAUACUUGAAUUGUGAGAGGAACAAUGUACAGGAGCAUUUUUCCCAGACAUUCUGACUGGGCUUCCAGUCCCUGCAUUUCCUCAGAGGUCACCUCUUAGCACAGGAAACCUUUAUUCUGAGAGUAGUUUUACAACAACUCAAAUUUCUUCAGCUUAAACAUCUUCUCCCCUCCAUCUGACUUUACCCCUUAUGACCCAUCCCCCCUCUUCUAGAUAUAUUUUAAUUGACAAACAAUACAAUCAAUAUUAGCAAAAAAAUAUUUCAGAGUCAGAAUUGAGGGUAGCUAGUUGAGUAUAGAGGAUACCACAUUUGUGUAAAUUUUAGUAAAAAAUAUUUUUAAGGAACAAAUAUAAAA